AUGGCCGAAUUUGAAAAUAAUGUCGCAUUUAUUGGCUUGGGCGCCAUGGGAUACGCCAUGGCCAAGAAUAUCCGCCAAAAGAUGUCCCCGACGGGAAAUCUGUACAUUUUCGAUGUCUUUCGCACGGCAUGCGAGAGGUUCUACCAUGAGAUGCAAGUUACCGGCCCAGUCAUCAUUGUAGGCUCGCCUCGGGAGGCCGCUGAAUUCGCCGAUACCGUGAUCUCCAUUGUCCCUGGAGCCGACGACGUACGACAGGUGUAUCUUGACGCGGUAACAGGCAUCAUCGCUGCGCGGAGGAACCCUGAAAGAGUCCUUCUGGAAUGCAGUACUAUUGACUCGAAGUCUACUCAAGCUGUGGGGGAGGCACUCCUGGUCGGAAAGUUGGGAACAUAUGUCGACACGCCUGUCUCGGGUGGAGUCCCUGGUGCAGAGUCAGGAACACUAUCCUUCCUCAUCGGACACGGUAAACCUUCGGAUACCAACAGUGUCUCGCACCGUCUGCACAAAGUGGCAUCGAUGAUGGGCGAUCCAAAAAAGUUCUUCUACUGCGGAGGCCUCGGCGCGGGAUUGGCGGCCAAAAUCAGCAAUAAUUAUCUAUCUUGUUCCAUUUUGCUUGCGGUUGCCGAGGCUAUGGCGAUUGGGACAAGGUUAGGCGUUGAUGAGAAGCUUUUGCACGAGGUGAUUCACCACUCGACUGGCCAGAAUUUCAUGGCCGACAACGUGCAGCCUGUUCCGGGAGUUGUGACACAUGCCCCUAGCAGCAACAACUAUCGAUUGGGAUUCAAGACGCAGAUGAUGAUCAAGGAUCUGGGGUUGGGUGUGCAGGCUGGGUAUGCGACAGGGAUUACGCCAACCAUUGCAGAGGCUGCUCUUCGUGUAUACGAAAAGGCGGCUGUCGAUCCAAGGUGCAUUGAUCGUGACGGAUCAUCUGUUUAUCUUCAUAUCACAAAUCCUACUCGCAAGUCUCCCGAAUAG